UAUCAUAUAAGCAAGCUGUCACAGCUAUCUGAACCGCAAGAUUUCACUAAUGAGCAAGAUGUAGAUGAAGUUGAAGCUGCCCUUGCCAGUCUGGAGGUGACACUCGAAGGUGGAAAAAUAGACAGGAUUUUGGAGGAUAUCACAGACAUCCCAAAGUUAGCAGAUUAUCUAAAAAUCUUCAGGCCCAAAAAACUGACGCUGAAAGCCUACAAGCAAUACUACUUUAUUUUUAAAGAUACCUGCUUAUCAUACUUCAAGAAUAAGGAAGCUUCUCAAGGAGAACCAAUUGAAAAAUUAAACCUGAGAGGAUGUGAAGUUAUGCCAGAUGUGAACGUAGCAGGACAGAAAUUUGGGAUCAAGUUGCUGAUUCCUGUGGCUGACGGCAUGAAUGAAGUAUACAUAAAAUGUCACAAUGAAACACAAUAUGCUAAAUGGAUGGCUGCCUGCAAACUGGCUUCAAAAGGCAAGACAAUGGCUGACAGCUCAUACCCCACAGAGGUGUAUGACAUUCAAUCUUUCUUAAAGAUGAAGAAUGUGAAUUCUGUGCCUCAGGUGAUGCAUGACUCAAAUGCUCUGGACAUGAAUCCAGAAUCACUGGUGUCACGAAAAUACUUGAAAAAGUUAAAAACUAAACAGUUGACAGCACGCAUCCUGGAAGCACACCAGAACGUUGCACAGAUGACCCUGGUAGAAGCCAAGAUGCGGUUCAUCCAGGCCUGGCAGUCACUGCCAGAUUUUGGAGUUUCUUAUUUUUUGGUCAGAUUCAGAGGAACCAAGAAAGAUGAACUGUUAGGUGUUUCCUACAAUCGAUUAAUAAGAAUAGAUAUGGCCACGAGAGAUCCGAUUGUAACAUGGAGAUACAGCAACAUUAAACAAUGGAAUGUCAACUGGGAAAUCAGACAGGCAAGUUACAAAUUACCCUAUAAAUCGCUCAGUGUCGAAAACAACAGGACGCCUUAUUUAAUACAGAACAAACCAGUAAGUUGUUGACUAUUCUAUCUCCAAGCAGUAGAAUAUGUACAAAGAGCUUUGGGAUAACAGGAACUCCUGUUUUCUCUUUCUUCCCACUCCACCCCACCAUUAUUCACUCUG